AUGCGGUACAAUGGCCCCUUUGCGUAUGCAUUGCCGCUGCUAGCCACGGCUGUGGCAGCGCGCCUUUCCAUUGUGCCUUCGACCAUCCCCGAAGGACCCUCCGAAGUUACCUUCACAUCAUCCGAGUAUGGUCUGGAUGCUCCCAAGGUGUCCCCUCUCAACCGCACCACGUAUGACUGGUGGUAUUUCGACGUCGUGUCUGAUGGCAAAUGCAAUAACGGUUCAGACACUGGAUUGUCCGCCAUGACAAUCGUGUUUCACACAGCUGGUGGACCAGAAGCAUUCCCGCCCCUUGCAUACCUCUACCGUCAAAAUUUCACCAGUGCAAAUUUGGUUCAAAUCAGUACGACAUUCGCAAACGGAACUACCUUCACCGCGCUUCUCAAUGCCACAGAAGCGUAUUUUAUGCCUAUAGGAAAUGGCGUCAGCUCCAUUUUCGAUGCUGGCGACGCUGGCGGCGGAGCAUUCAGCGGCACUGCCGAUCUGUCCCAUUAUACCCUAAACAUCAAUGCUCCCAGAUUCGGGGUGAAUGGCUCCAUUGUUUUUGAUUCGAUCGCGCCCGCACACUACCCUGCCGGACCAAUCUCUGCAGGACAGGAUAUGAGAAUGUCUCCUCAUGUCGGUUGGGCCAACGCCAUGCCCGAUGCACGUGCGGAAUCAAAAUUCAUGGUCAGGGGCGAAGAACUCAAUGUCUCUGGCGUCGGAUAUCACGAUAAGAACUGGGGUGAUAAAGCUUUCGACGAGGAUGUAGACUACUGGUAUUGGGGUCACGGUCGGGUCGGCCCUUACUCCAUUGUCUGGUUCGACUACAUGGGUAUCAACGGCGAGACCGCAGUCUCUUCGUACGUAGCCAAGGACGGUCAAAUCCUGGCAAGCGCCUACUCCGGAAUCACAGUUAGACCAUUCGGAGAAAACUCGACGUACCCACCUUUGACUUCCACCGGCGCGCCUUCAGGAUACCACAUUGUCGCGGAUACACCAGACGGUGUUCUUACUGUCGACGCUCACAGUGAUACCAUGAUUCUGGGCUUCAGCGGAGAUAUGUACAACAGAUGGGUUGGCAGACUGACUGGCGGCUUGAACAACAAUACGGACUUGGAGGGAGUUGGCCUUUUCGAGCAGUUUGCCUUCAACGAGGGUUAG